CAGACUUCCAAUCCACUCCUAACAAUGGCAUCUUACAAGACCCUUUUCGUUCUCUUCGUGGCCCUCUUCGCAGUAGCCUUCGCUGCCGAAGAAGCCCGUGGUAAGAGAGGAGUCUUCUAUGGUGGAUAUGGUGCCUACCCAUACUCUUCCUACGGAUACCACGGUUUGGGUUACUCUGGUCUUGGUUACUCCGGCUUGGGAUACGGAUACGGUCUUGGCUACCACAGUGCCGGAUACUCUGGUCUUGGAUACCACGGUCUUGGCUACUCCUACCUCCACUAAAAUGCCACACUCUCCUCCGGCAACUUCAACACCAAGUCUGAUUUGAAAUCGGACCUCUUUUUCGAAAGAUCCACCCAGAAUUCAAUGAUAAAACUAUUUAUUUUUCAGUGAUAAUAUAACUUGUUACUCCUUA